AGACACGACACGGUGUGCGCUCAGUCGAACUCACAUUGAACUUGAACUCGGUUGCGUCUCUGUGAGAGAUUCGGUUCACAAUUUGGAACAAGCCCAAGCUGAAGGUUUUUUUGGGUUUUUUGUAUUAUUAUUAAGUCCAAAUCUGAUUAACUCUUCGUCAACGCUCAGCUGAUAAGAUAAAUUCAGCUGACAACGUAGUGAUAAAGUUAUGUUUUGUAAAACUUGCACUCAAAUCUGAUAUUUAACGCGAAAAAAUGUCAAAAUUUUCCACUGAAGUUCUAAUCAGCGUCUUACUCUUACACUAAGUAGAAUCGAAGGGCACAGAGUUCGAUAAGGAAUCAGAUAACCUCCACGAGCCUCUUUGUCGAUAAGUCCGCGUGGAUUUCAUCAAGAGCUGCCUACUACGCACCGGGAGAUAACGGACAUUCUCGACCGAGAACUGGAGAUCAUACUUCAACAUCAAAGUAAACAUCGAUAUCGGGGAUGAAGUGGUUGUGAUAAGACUGAUCCGAGUGACAAGUGCGUAGACACAAACAACUCGAGUGAAGGUACAAUGUUUCUAUUGAUCGGCAAGGCCGGGGGCAGGGGUGGCUAGUGGACUAUCCCACCCUCGCGCAUGCCCGGGUGAAAGCGAACCCUGAAACCUCCCUGAUUGAUAAUAUUUCACUUAGUGAUGUCAAUGUUUGCGGGUUUAGUUUGAUCUCAGGAUACGGCAACAUGAGACACUCUCCUUCUUCUACUCUCCCUUCUGACCGCACAACGAAUCGUGUCCAAAGCCUUCAAAGCAGGUUAAGAUGGAAGCAUGAUCAUGACCGGCUCCGGUUGUUGCGGUGUCCCGUGAUGGACAGGGCACUCAGCCUCGCCCUCUGCCUCGCCCUGUUCAUGAUCACGAGGUGUGCGGCGUGCAACUUGGACCAGUGCACCCGGAUCUACAACAUGAAGAUGGAGGAGGAGGGUAUCCCUGGUCCAGAGGCCACCCCUGCGUUCUGCAGCGUACUUUCGGCGUACGGCCACUGCGUACACGGCACCACACGCUCCUGCCGCGGUAACCUCAAGUACCACACCACCGUGAGCCUCCUCAACCCCCUCAAGGUGCGUUACAACUGUACCAAGCACGGGGGCGGGGGUACACACACGCGGCCUCACGGUGCACACCUCCCCCCAGCACCCCCUCAGGCGCCCCCGCAGUGCACCUUCCACGGCCGACACCGCUUCCGUCACUGCGGUCUCUUCGGGGACCCCCACCUCAAGACGUUCCACAACGAGUACCAGACCUGCAGAGUGCGUGGGGCCUGGCCGCUCAUCGACAACCCCUACCUCGCCGUGCAGGUCACCAACGAUCCGGUACUGGAAGGCUCCUUGGCCACGGCCACUACCAAGGUGACGAUCAUCAUCAAGGGUCGGAGUACGCCGUGUACGACGGAAAAGACGUACGAGGCGACCGCAGACGCCCCGCUGCCGUCCACCUUCAUUGACGGCAGCUACAGGUCUGGGCCCGAGGACGGCGUGGUAAUUGCGGCCGGUGCGGAGGUCCAUCCCGGGGGUCACCAGAGGGUGGAGAUUUACCUGCGCUACAUCGAGACCACCCUGUUGGUCCGGAGGGUCGGAAAGUACCUUGCGUUCUCGGCAAAGUUGCCGGAAGAGCUGGUGGAGAGCUCGAUGCAAGACGACGAUAACCUGCAGCUCUGCACCAGGGGGUGUCCCUUGGCCGAGAGGUUGGACCUGGUGCGUGCGCGAGGUCACGUGGUAUCGUGGGAGGCCGCCCUGGCUCAGUGCAGGAACACGGAAGAGUUGAGCAACGAUAUCGUCAACAACCUGACGGACUAUUACCUGGACUGGUGUGUGUUUGACGCGAUGACGGCCGGUGUCGGAUUCGAGUUUACCGCCGCUGCACAUUCCGCCCAGGCCGAUGUGUUGAGGAUGGAUCCUUCCUCCCUACAGAACAGGACUGUACCCUUGCACCUAGAACAGACGGUACCCUCCAGAGGCUUUGCCCUCCAGAGGCUGUCCUCGGUCCUGGCUCUCCUACUGGUGUUUCUGUACCGCCUCAUGUGUUAGGAACUGUCCUACCUUUGGUUUCCUUUUGUUAUACGUCCUUUAUCAAGCUAGUCUCCCUAAUUUCUGAUUAUGUACAACAAUACUUCUUUAUAAUAAACACUGACUUUUUUAUAAAAUUUAAUUUUUCCAAAAGGUUUUACAAUUUGAACUAAACUUUUUAUAAUGAUUUGUUACUCCAUUGCCACAUAAAAAAUUGUAAUUCUUUAAAACUGAAUUCCAUCUUUACCGGUUAGGACAAAUUGCCAAUUGCCACCGUAGUAGUUAAAGUUGGGUGGGAACAUUUCUAGACAAUACUAAAUCACAAGUUGAUUUUCCUGAGUACAAAAUAGGACAGUUUGUAAUUAGUUGUAGCCUAGGGUGUAAGUUAGAUUAGUACAGUUGGGUUGGAACUGUGACUAACUGUUAUUUGUGAUAUUCGUCCUGUCUUAGUGUACAUAGUGUAGUAGUGUAGAUAGAGUUCGGUAACCAAAGCGUAUGGACUACUGUGUAACAACCUGGUGUUUCUCUGUAUCAUAAUGUCUAUAUUUCUCGACUAAAUUGUUUAUUAACUUGUUUUAUUCGUUGAAAACGAUUACUCUAUUAGUUUAAAAUAAUUCAUUUUGUUACUAAUAUUUUGUUAUCCCCGAGUUUAGGGGCUUGAAACUUUGGUGUGUAGCUUUAAUUUCAUGUACAUUUGUUUUUAAUUUUCUAAGUUAAAACUUGUACAAAUAUUGUAUAGAAUGUAUGAAUGAAUGUAUUUAUGUUUGUAUAGAGAGUACACAGAGUAUUAUGGGUUUUUGGGACUUCCGGUUUUGUGUGGAGAAAUUUUAAAACAAAAACAAUAUUAUGAUUCAGUAUUGGUCAUUGCAUGGAAGUAGCCACUAUACCCUUGUAAAUAGUAUUUAUAAAUAUUGAUAGAUGCUUUAUGGAAUUUUUCAGAGCCUUCUAAAUCAGAAAUCUGUGAUCUCUACAACACAUACUGCCUAUAUAUAAUAUAAAUAUAUCUACUCUCACAAAUUUUGUGUAAUGAAUACUACUUAAAUGGUAUAAUAAAAAGAGCCUGUAUGAGCCUGAUGGUUAACUUAUUUUGGCAUAGUUAAAAUGUUUAAUUUGUUAAUGUGCUACAGUGUGUAUACCAUAGAAUUGUUUUAGCUUGCUCAGGUUUGUCCUCUUUGAAACAAGGUCAUGAUAUAAUUAAAGUUUUUAUGUAUGAAAUACUUUUGAAAUAUUCAGUAAAUUUUCAAAAUCCACAGAUUUUUAAAAUAUUUGUAGUACUGUGUAUUGAAUAAAUUGAAUAUAAUAUUAUAGUAAUAUUUUAUUAUUACUAAAGCUCUUAAAUUAAUUAGUUAACAUAUCAAAAUUAUGUUAUUUGUAUAAUAACAUUGCCAUGGUCACUUCAUUAUAUGGUCACAUAACAUUAUGCCUUGUUUUGUAAAAUAAUAUAAAAUUUACCACAAGUUACAAUUGAUAAGAAAUAGAGACGAAAACAAUAAUUUUGUAGUAAUUUAAUUACAAAAUUCACUUUUUAAACAAAAAAGAGGACCUUUUGAGUUAAUGUUUUCAAAGCUCAGAAAGAACUGCCUUGUAUUUUUGUGCCUCUAGAAAUUGUGCUAUUUUCUUAUUCUUACAUUUGCCUUGCCCGUUCACUCUGUAUAUACCCCACACCUCAGUAUUCACUUGUUAUAGGCACUGUAAGAUAUUUACAUAGACUAUACGUAAGUUACAACUGUCACAAAUACGUCAUCUUCUUGUAUUACUUUUAAGAUCUUAUGUUUUGUGAUCGGCAUUACAGUAAACUAUUAUUGAUAUUAGUUGAAUUUUAGUUCUGAAACUGAAUUUUAAUUUUUUCCUUAUUUGUUAAAUAAUAGAUUUAUUUUAUUUAGUGUUUAUAAAAACAAUAAAAGUUUCUGGCAGUAAUUUAGCUUCUCAGUUGUCUGUAUGAUGUCUGGCACUGGUGUCCGUAUUUGAGUGGUUGUCUUAACGUCUAUGGUACGCAUUGUUUUGUUGUCGUACAACUGUUACUUCUUAAUUUAUAAAUCUCUCUGUAACUACAAUAUUUGAGCCAAAAUAGAGACUGACCUAUGUAAUAAAUCUUAUUAUUAAUCUGA